AUGACGGGCGGGAAUCGCACCCCGUGGCCCAGUGGAACCCUCCGGAGGCAGAAGUCCUGCAUGGACGGCUUUCUGGUGGCGGCCACAGUUCGUGGGCGCCCAGAGAGACUCCAGAGGCAGUUCUCUGUGGAUCAGGAUAUGCGACAAUAUCCAGCCACUCUGCGGGAGGAAGCAAAGAGCUCAGAGUCCAAUUUCCGGCCCAAGAAACGCCAACCUGAAGUCGCUCCGAAAAACGAACAGCAAUUAAAUGGCAGCGAUUUGUCCGAGAGGCUAAAGAAAGCCCUCAAUCGUCGGGACAAUCGCAUCAAUCUCAAUAUCGUCCUCACUCAAGUGUCCAACAUCCCCGAACCGGAGGCUAUCAAUGCCAGUGACUCUGAGAGUCCAUCGAAUGAACUGGUGCAGGCAUCAGUUGAUUCUAAGGCUGCCAAGGAAGUGCAAGAUCCGUCUCUGAGAGAAAUGAAGAGCGUCCUUAAGCCCAACUCCGGUAAGAUGAAUCGCGGUCAGCGUCCUCCACUGGUUAGGGCCAUGUCAGCCCCUAUCAGACCAACGGCAGAACCUCCGCAGAACCGACGAAAAACUGCACGCAGACGGAAAUUCGGACGGGACAGGGAAGAGAACCUUCUGAUGUCCUCUCGAAAGAGUCUGGAACGCCAGGAUGCUGUAACAAACGACACUUCGCCAGCGAGGAAUUCACAAGGGAGUUCAAAGAUUACCGAACGCAAAGGCUCUUCCGUGAUAUCAGGAGCGAGAUCUUCUAUCGGAUGCGAUAUCGUAACACUCGUCUCGCUGCUCAGCUCCGGUGGAAGUGACUCUGAACGGGAAGACAAUGGCCAGUCAGGCACAGGGAAGUCCGAGAAGAUCGUUGUGAGACCACCGUCACUCAAGAAAACCGGCAAAUCUGUGUCCUUCCAAGACAAUGAUGCUGACCUCUUCCCGUCGCCACCCAAAGAUUUCUCAUCGAUGUUUCGUCGCGGAUCUGUGGCUCCACUGGCGGCUCGAAUCAGGUCUAAUCGACCACCAACGGCUCCUCCAGGAUCGAUUUUCAUCACAGACUACGACAAGGGAUGUGGAGACGACCUCAUGUCGCUCAAGAAGGCGCCCGCCGCUCCGGCCAAGAACACCUUCGCCAAGGUGACUUCCAAGGCGAUCAUCGAGGACAAAUGCAGCUCCAAUGAGGAUGAGCAGAGCCCAGACAACCUGAAGACAGCCAAGGAGCGCGAGUGCUGGAAACUUUUCCAGAAGAUGACCAACAGAGGCAUUUCAGUGUCUUAUGAUACCAUUUUGCGCGGGAUGCUCACGCCCACGGAGCUGAGGAUGAUCCAGAAGAAGCAGGAACUGGAGAAUGCCAAAAGAAAUUCGAUAGAGGAAACCACAAAUCCAAAGGGAGGCUCCUCAGUCGGAAAUCCAAUGUCAUCAUCCAAUUCAAAUCGUGAUAAAGUGAAGAAUGUUGUUAAAUAGUGAGAAAAUUGGCUACUUUAUAUGAACACAGUGACAUGAAUUAAUGAGAUUCUAUAUCUCACUGUAUACUCUGUUGAUUUUAGAUCAUUGUUGUUAGAUUCUUAGCCUGUUUAUCGUUGAAUCAAGUCAAAUUUUGUUUCAUUAUUCAGACAUUAACAUAGAUUUAUGAGACGUGUUGUUGGCUUUUAGGACACUGCCAGGA